AUGAGCAGCUUAUCGAAGCCCAUUCUACUUAUAUGCGACGUACAGACAAAAUGUCAACAUCUUAUUCAUAGAUUUGAUUUAGUAGAAAAGUCCAUUUGCACUCUUGCAGAUAUCGUUAAACCCUUCGGAAUUCCAGCCAUAAUAACAACACAGAGUGUAUCCAAAUAUGGCCCAUGCGUUCCAAGCAUCAAGCAACGCCUGGCGGAUGACACACCAGAGUUUGAGAAAUUGAAAUUCUCAAUGCUGACUAAAGAAGUCCUUGAUUUCCUCAAGUCGGAGAAGAGAGGACAUGUGGUUGUCGUCGGGGUCGAGGCACAUAUAUGCGUCGCUCAGACUGCUUUUGAAUUAAAAAGCCAUGGCUAUAAAGUGGUCGUCCUCGCAGACGCUGUGUCGUCAACGUCUCCUCAAGAGCGCAAUCUGGCGUUGCGCCGGAUGCUUGCUUCGGCUAUAUCCAUCAAUAGUGUAGAAAGCUGGACUUUUGAAUUACUUGGUUCGGCUGAGAAUCCAUUGUUCAAGCAGACUGCGGAUCUUUUGAAGCGGACAAAAAGAAUUAGGGCUCAGAUUAUUGAAGCUAUGUUAUAG